AUUCUGUACAAUACAAUCUACAGAUGAGGCAUCAGCCUUUCUUCUGUGGCAUAAUUCCUGUGGACAAUCUAACAUGGGGAUUUAAUAAAAAUAUACAUAUAUUCUGUGAAGAAUCCAACAACAAAUGAGGGAAAAUUUUGCCUGCCUUUGAAAUGGGUGGACCCUGAAACAUUGGUCUGUUUGAAGUGGCAUCAUAAGCCUUAUACAGAUGCUUCAUUCCUGCCUGCCAUUACUGGACUAGAACACUAAGUCCUGAUAAGGCACAUCGUUUACAAUGAGAAUUUAUUCUGUUUUUAAGCUUUUCUGAUGUACCAUUAUUGCUGCUGUGUUUCCUGUUUUAUGUAGGUGGUAGCCCUUGGAGAGGUACCAGAUGGGACUGUGGUUACUGUCAUGGCGGGUAAUGAUGAAAAUUAUUCUGCUGAGCUCCGAAAUGCCUCUGCUGUUAUGAAAAACCAAGUAGCAAGGUUCAACGAUCUGAGAUUUGUGGGCCGGAGUGGACGAGGCAAGAGUUUCACCUUGACCAUAACUGUCUUCACCAAUCCCCCCCAAGUAGCCACCUAUCACAGAGCAAUUAAAGUUACAGUGGAUGGACCUCGGGAACCCAGAAGGCACAGACAGAAGCUUGAUGACUCUAAACCUAGUUUGUUCUCUGACCGCCUCAGUGAUUUAGGGCGCAUUCCUCAUCCCAGUAUGAGAGUAGGUGUCCCGCCUCAGAACCCACGGCCCUCCCUGAACUCUGCACCAAGUCCUUUUAAUCCACAAGGACAGAGUCAGAUUACAGACCCCAGGCAGGCACAGUCUUCCCCUCCGUGGUCUUAUGACCAAUCAUACCCCUCCUACCUGAGCCAGAUGACGUCCCCAUCCAUCCACUCCACCACCCCGCUGUCUUCCACACGGGGCACCGGGCUUCCUGCCAUCACCGAUGUGCCCAGGCGCAUUUCAGGUGCUUCAGAACUGGGCCCUUUUUCAGACCCCAGGCAGUUCCCAAGCAUUUCAUCCCUCACUGAGAGCCGCUUCUCCAACCCACGAAUGCACUAUCCAGCCACCUUUACUUACACCCCGCCAGUCACCUCAGGCAUGUCCCUCGGUAUGUCCGCCACCACUCACUACCAUACCUACCUGCCACCACCCUACCCCGGCUCUUCCCAAAGCCAGAGUGGACCCUUCCAGACCAGCAGCACUCCAUAUCUCUACUAUGGCACUUCGUCAGGAUCCUAUCAAUUCCCCAUGGUGCCGGGGGGAGACCGGUCUCCUUCCAGAAUGCUUCCGCCAUGCACCACCACCUCGAAUGGCAGCACGCUAUUAAAUCCAAAUUUGCCCAACCAGAAUGAUGGUGUUGACGCUGAUGGAAGCCACAGCAGUUCCCCAACUGUUUUGAAUUCUAGUGGCAGAAUGGAUGAAUCUGUUUGGCGACCAUAUUGAAAUUCCUCAGCAGUGGCCCAGCGGUAUCUGGGGGGGGGUCACAUCCCGCACGUAUCAAUAUAUACAUAUAUAGAGAGAGUGCAUAUAUAUGUAUAUCGAUUAGCUAUCUACAAAGUGCCUGUUUUCUAGAGAAUUUUUUUAUUCACUCACUCAGUCAUGAUCUUGCAACCAUGAGAGGGUAGAUAUUGAAAAGCAGAAGGUCCAAGAGAGACAAUCACAACCGGGUUUCAGAUUGUUUACUAUUUAAGAUGUACUUUUACAAAGGAACAAACAAGGGAAAAGGUAUUUUUGUUACUGUUGUUUGGUCUGUUACCAUAAAUAACCUGUUCAUAUGCCGAUUCAGAGAGGUGAACUCCGGGUUCAGGAGGGAGAAGAGCAAAGCACUUCCCCUCUGUGCUUUGAAACCACACACUCUCACGGUUGCAGCUGUGUAUGGAUUCGUGCACUCUGCAGACAGCUUACAAAGCCAGGCCAGGUGCACUAAAAAGGGACAAGAGGUAGAAUGGAUGCUUCCAUGACAGUACGAUCCAUUCACAAUAACUGUUCCAAACUCUGCUUUCAGACUUGCUGCAGGUCCUCAUUUGAACUGUUUGGUUCAGUUUUUUUUUCCCCCCUGCUUUAAGAAAGUGACUUCAAAAAUACUGAUCAGGAUAGAUUGUUUUAUUUUACUUUUUAUUGCCCCCUUCCCCAUUUAACUAAAAAUA